AUGCCGCUUGAGCGCGACCCUGGUCACUGCUCUGAAUCGCAGAUCGGAACAGGAAUCGCUGCCCUGGUGGCGGGCUGGCUGCAAACGCGACCAGCGGGCAGCGGGCAGCGUGCUGGUGUUGUUGUAUCCAUGGCCGCCAUGACCACGGCCGUCGCCAUGGCUUCCUACACAAGUGUCUUUGUCGACGAGCGGGCAGCGGGCAGGCAGAGGGACAGUACGGGCGUCUGGACCAGCUGGACCUGUCAGGUCGCUUUUGGGGAUGAACAGCAACGGCCCUCCCACACAAAAACAGCGCCGCCCGUGAGGCCGAGGGCGGCGCUAGACGCCAGCUGGGCACGGCCCGGGACUUGCAACGCCCGCCAUUGGCUGCACACGGGCGCUAGUCCCGCUCAAGUCAGAUUGACGGUCAACUGGUGA